GUUGGAGACAGGUCGCGACGGUGAUAGUGUUUUUUCUUGCGCAGGAUUUGCUGCUGUUAUCUUUUCACACCUUGCUGCAGCUAUUAUGUUUUCCACACGUUGAUUCGUCCGUAAGGAAAGAUUAUGUGCACCCCCUGGUUGGCUUUAGGUUCACUAUUGCAUUCUACUAUUGAGCACAAACAACAAAGUAUCCAGCCUGGAAGAAUCGAAUUCGAGGAAGCCAGCAUGGAUUUGUAAUGGAUUUACAAAGUUGUUGUGAAGAUUGGCUUGAUUAUGCACUGGUGCAGAGUGACCGUUUCAGUAUGGACGAUCGCUCCACAAAAGAAACUCUUUUUCCCUGCUAUGUCCAUCGGCCCCUUUUCAUAUUGCUGAUACUGAUGACAGUACUGAUGCUGAUUUUAAAUUUGCAUAAUAUAAAGUAUGAUAAAUAUUCAAUUUCUGGAUCCGAAUCUAAAUGGAGGAGUUACCCAACUCCAAAAUUUUAUUCUGCUGUGAGGCAGAAGGUGGAAACCAAGAGCCUCCAUUGGAUUGACAGGUUGUUGCAAUAUGGCUACCAGAAUCACAGCUUCACCCCUGAAGAAAGGUCAGAGGGAACGCUCCUCAUGAAAAUGAUCGAAUGGCCAAAACCACCCAACUCUUCUGUGCCCUUUGAGAAAAGCAGCGACCCAGCACAUGCUCACUUUGUAAUUGUAAAUUCUGCAAAGACUUUCUACGUGGGAGAUCAGUUACAAGUGAUGCUGCAGAUGUACGAUUUUGAAGGUCACCCAAAGCGAUAUGGAGGUGACUAUCUCCAAGCUCGGAUCCACACCCCAGCUUUAAAAGCUGGUUCAGUAGGCACGGUUAUAGACAACCAAAAUGGAUUUUACUAUAUCAAUUUUAAUUUAUCGUGGCCGGGGAAAGUUGAAAUUUCCGUUUCAUUGGUUCAUCCCAGUGAAGGGAUACAAGCACUUAAAAGACUACGUGAGGAACGGUCAGGGAGAGUGUAUUUUAAAAGUACCUUCAAACAUCGGGGUGCUUCAGAAACCACUGUGUGUAAUCUUUAUUUGCCUCAAACUGAGCCACUCUGUAACUUUACUGAUCCCAGGACUGGGGAGCCCUGGUUCUGUUACAAACCAAAGAAGCUUCCCUGCUCUGCUCGUGUCAACCAUUUUAAAGGAGGCUAUGAGAAAAACCUCUUAAUUGGGGAAGAGAAGCAUUAUUUCCAAAGUGCAAUCAACAUAAAGAGGCCUAUAUUACCCAGUUCCACAGGUUAUAUAAUGGUGGAGCCUUCAUCUCAUGCAGCUCCAGCUCUUCGAGAAUGUGUCCGGGGGCAGCCCAUGGUGUUGCCAUCUGGUUUUUAUUACAAAGACCAAUGGAAGUCAGCAACCUGCAAUAUUCAUCACUUUGACAAUCCAGCAAAAAUUACAGACUGUCUUCAUGGAAAAAAUGUCUUUCUGUUUGGAGAUUCCACUGUUCGUCAGUGGUUUGAAUAUUUGACUGAAUUCAUUCCAGGUCUCAAAAUAUUUGAUCUUCACAAUCCAAAAAAUAUAGGCCCUCAUCUUGCUGUGGAUUUGGAACAUAACAUCAUGGUAGAAUAUCAUCCUCAUGGCCCACCAAUCCGAUUUAACACUGUUUCGAGUCAGGACCUACACUACGUUGCAAAUGAACUGGAUGAAAUUAAAGGAGGCAAGGACACGAUUGUAGCCAUCACUUUGUGGUCUCAUUUCAGCACUUUUCCAGCGGAAGUUUAUAUCCGAAGACUACAGAACAUCCGCAGGUCAAUUCUGCAGUUACAAGGGAGGAGUCCAGAUACAGUAGUUAUAUUGAAGACUGCCAAUGUGCAGGCCUUGCCAGGAGAUGUCAGUCUGUACAACAGUGACUGGUACUCCUACCAGCUUGAUACCUUGAUGAGGAAGAUGUUCACAGGCAUCAGUGUGGCAUUUGUAGAUGCCUGGGAGAUGACGCUAGCGCAUUACUUGCCACAUAACUUACACCCUGACCGAGUCAUUGUAAAAAAUGAAAUAGAUGUAUUUCUUUCUUAUGUGUGUCCUUCUGGAAAUAAAUAG